AUGAAAUUCACUAUGUAUCGAUUGUUUGUUAUUCUUCUCUUUACUUUUUCAUUGUACAUCGAAACGAUUCAUUGCAAAUCCAGAUAUGUUUAUUCUUUAAUUGAUUCACCGACACGUACAAAUCGAUCAUCAGGAUUGAUUUCAUCCGUGUCAAUCAAAGAAUUUCCUAUUCUCAAAGGACUUUCUAUGCGAUAUAUAUCAAUAAAUUCUUCAAGUAUUCGAGAACCUCAUUGGCAUGCAAAUGCUGAUGAAUUAGGUUAUUGUUUAAAUGGUUCAGCUUUAAUUACGAUAUUUGGUGAUGAUAAUGAUCAUAAUUCAUUUCUUGUUAAACAAGGUGAAAUGUAUUAUGUUCCAUCGGGUUAUUUACACCAUAUAGAAAACUUCGAUAUGAAGUUUCCUACACAAUUUGUUGUUACCUUUACACAUGAAUUGCCUGAAGAUUUUGGUUUAUCGAGUACAUUCUUUGCAAUGACAAAUGCUGUGCUUGGAAAUACAUUUCAAUUAUCAAGUAGUGCAUUUCAACGUAUUGAACAUCGUCAAGUAGCGACUGUAUUCGGAUUUAAGAAUGAUUCGACGAAAAAUAAAAUUUUACGUGAAUUUGAAUAUCCAAAUAAAUAUCAUUUCAAUGCUGAAGGUUUAUCAGCUAAAAUAUUAAAUUCCGAAGGAAUUGUUAAAACCAUUACAAAGAAUGUUUGGCCCAUAUUGAAAGAUGUUUCAAUGUAUUCUCUUCGAAUAACCACGAAUGGUAUGCGUGAACCUCAUUGGCAUCCAAAAACAGCUGAAAUGGGCUAUGUGAUUGAAGGUCGUGCUCGUAUGACUGUUCUUUCUCCUGGUGAUGAACAACGAUUCGAAACAUAUACACUUCAAGCAGGUGAUAUGUAUUUCAUUCCUCGAGCUUAUCCACAUCAUAUUGAAAAUAUUGGAAAUGUUACAACAAGAUUUCUAGUGUUUUUUGAUCAAUCUGUACCUGGUGAUAUUGGUUUAACUGGAAGUUUUUCUGCUUAUUCACGUGAAACACUUACUGCUACAUUAGAUUGUCAACUUGAACAUUUACCUCAAUUUCCAUUUUAUCCUAAAAGUUUGCUCAUUGUCAAACGAAUUAAUCCUGUUGAUCCAAUCAAAACAAACGAAAGAAAAUAG